AUGCCGGCGGGCAUGACGAAGCAUGGCUCGCGCUCCACCAGCUCGCUGCCGCCCGAGCCCAUGGAGAUCGUGCGCAGCAAGGCGUGCUCCCGCCGCGUGCGCCUCAACGUCGGGGGCCUGGCGCACGAGGUGCUCUGGCGCACCCUGGACCGCCUGCCCCGCACGCGGCUGGGCAAGCUCCGCGACUGCAACACCCACGACUCGCUGCUCGAGGUGUGCGACGACUACAGCCUCGACGACAACGAGUACUUCUUCGAUCGCCACCCGGGCGCCUUCACCUCCAUCCUCAACUUCUACCGCACCGGGCGGCUGCACAUGAUGGAGGAGAUGUGCGCGCUGAGCUUCAGCCAAGAGCUCGACUACUGGGGCAUCGACGAGAUCUACCUGGAGUCCUGCUGCCAGGCCCGCUACCACCAGAAGAAAGAGCAGAUGAACGAGGAGCUGAAGCGGGAGGCCGAGACCCUGCGCGAGCGCGAGGGCGAGGAGUUCGACAACACGUGCUGCGCCGAGAAGCGGAAGAAGCUGUGGGACCUCCUGGAGAAGCCCAACUCCUCCGUGGCGGCCAAGAUCCUGGCCAUCAUCUCCAUCAUGUUCAUCGUCCUGUCCACCAUUGCCCUGUCACUCAACACGCUUCCCGAGCUACAGAGCCUCGACGAGUUCGGCCAGAGCACCGACAACCCCCAGCUGGCCCACGUGGAAGCCGUGUGCAUCGCCUGGUUCACCAUGGAGUACCUGCUGCGCUUCCUGUCCUCGCCCAAGAAGUGGAAAUUCUUCAAGGGCCCGCUCAACGCCAUCGACCUGCUGGCCAUCCUGCCGUACUACGUCACCAUCUUCCUCACGGAGUCCAACAAGAGCGUGCUCCAGUUCCAGAACGUGCGCCGCGUGGUGCAGAUCUUCCGGAUCAUGCGCAUCCUGCGCAUCCUCAAGCUGGCGCGCCACUCCACGGGCCUGCAGUCUCUGGGCUUCACGCUGCGCCGCAGCUACAACGAGCUGGGCCUGCUCAUCCUCUUCUUGGCCAUGGGCAUCAUGAUCUUCUCCAGCCUCGUCUUCUUUGCCGAGAAGGACGAGGACGACACCAAGUUCAAGAGCAUCCCCGCCUCUUUCUGGUGGGCUACCAUCACCAUGACGACCGUCGGCUACGGAGACAUCUACCCCAAGACUCUCCUGGGGAAAAUUGUGGGGGGCCUGUGCUGCAUCGCGGGGGUCCUGGUGAUCGCACUGCCCAUCCCCAUCAUUGUCAACAACUUCUCCGAGUUCUACAAGGAACAGAAGAGGCAGGAGAAGGCCAUCAAGCGGAGAGAGGCUCUGGAGAGAGCCAAGAGAAAUGGCAGCAUCGUGUCCAUGAAUAUGAAGGACGCCUUUGCCCGGAGCAUUGAGAUGAUGGACAUUGUGGUCGAGAAAAACGGGGAGAAUAUGAGUAAGAAGGAUAAAAUACAAGAUAACCACCUGUCUCCCAACAAGUGGAAAUGGACAAAGAGGACGCUGUCCGAGACCAGCUCGAGUAAAUCCUUUGAAACCAAGGAGCAGGGGUCCCCUGAGAAAGCCCGAUCGUCCUCUAGUCCCCAGCAUCUGAAUGUCCAGCAGUUGGAAGAUAUGUACAAUAAGAUGGCCAAAACCCAGUCCCAGCCCAUCCUUACCACCAAGGAGUCGGCACCACAGAGCAAGCCAAAGGAAGAGCUGGAGAUGGACAGCAUCCCCAGCCCCGUGGCCCCGCUGCCCACGCGCACUGAAGGCAUCAUCGACAUGCGAAGCAUGUCGAGCAUCGACAGUUUCAUUAGCUGUGCCACAGACUUCCCUGAGGCCACCAGGUUCUCCCACAGCCCUUUGGCGUCGCUCUCCGGCAAGACUGGAGGUGGCACAGCCCCAGAGGUGGGCUGGGGCAGAGGAGCUCUGGGUGCAAGUGGCGGGAGACUCAUGGAGUCCAACCCCAUCCCAGAGGCCAGUCAUCACUCUGGUUUCUUCAUAGAGAGCCCCAAGAGUUCCAUGAAGACCAACAACCCCUCAAAGCUCAGAGCACUUAAAGUCAAUUUCAUGGAGGGCGACCCCAGCCCACUGCUCCCGGCUCUGGGAAUGUGUCACGACCCUCUUAGGCACAGGGGGGGCGCUGCGGCUGCUGUCGCAGGACUGGAGUGCGCCUCGCUCUUGGACAAACCUGUGCUGAGCCCAGAGUCCUCCAUCUAUACCACUGCAAGUGCCAGGACACCUCCCCGGUCACCCGAGAAACACACAGCAAUAGCAUUCAACUUCGAGGCGGGCGUCCACCAGUAUAUAGACACAGACACGGAUGACGAGGGCCAGCUGCUCUACAGUGUGGACUCCAGUCCCCCCAAGAGCCUCCACGGGAGCACCAGUCCCAAAUUCAGUGUGGGAACCCGAUCAGAGAAGAACCACUUUGAAAGCUCCCCCUUGCCCACCUCCCCUAAGUUCUUAAGGCAGAACUGCAUCUACUCGACAGAAGCCUUGACUGGAAAAGGCCCCAGUGGCCAGGAGAAGUGCAAACUUGAGAACCACAUCUCCCACGUGCCCGUGCUGCCCAGGGGAGGAGCGCACGGGAGCACUUGGGAUCAGAGCAUCUGAAGUCCCCACCCAAGAGGGGGACUUGCGGGAGAAGUCAGGAGUAGGGCUACCACUGAGUUUUGCAUGAACGUGGAGGGAGAAGGUCAGGGAAAAGCCCCAGCAACAGGAGAGAUUCCAAGGAAGACUCCCAAAGACCUGGAGUGACGCGUCUGUGGGUUGGGGAAUCAACCAAGCCAUGGAGGACCGCACCUCCUUGCAACAGCCUCUUCCAAGAGGACAUGAGCAAUGCUCACAGCCACCGAGGCCACCUACUUCCCAAGUCUCUUCUCACAGCUGUCACAGUCUCUGAGGGUGACACACCACCCCUGCCUUCGGGGUGGAGGAGGGAGGGUGCUGGAGUGAGCGAGCGGUUGCUGUUGAAACCGAGUUACCCCACUGGUACUUGGUGUGGCCCAGCUGCCCAUCAUCCCCUGGCUGGACUCUGCUGUCAGAAAGCUUCAGGGGACACUUAUGUCAUGGGGAAAUCUCUGCUCCAUGAGCCACGUCCCAGUGUAAAGCCCAUACUCAAAUGGCUUCAUGGAGUCAGUAUUCUGGAGUACCUAAGGGAUUUUUUGUUUUGUUUUGUUUUGUUUUUGUUUUUGCUUUUGUUUUUGUGGUAACAUCAGGGUGAGUGGCGUGGCUUGGACUUCAGAAGGUGGGCAUGCAGCCAGCAGGAUGAACCCAAACGUGCUUCAGGGCUGUGACAGGAAAAUGCUUUCUAUAGGUCGCUAGUGUAGACUUACUUAAAAGACACUCAAGUGUCAAUAUGCAAAAGAAACGCGUUAUUCAAAGCAACUCUGUGUGAAGAUCAGAUAAGACACCGUGUUUCAUUUUCUACAUGCGGAUAAAGAAGGAGGAGGAAGAAGAAGAAGGAGAAAUGAAAAAAAGAAAAUACCCUCAUUGAAAUGCCCCAUCCUGACUUUUGACUACUUCCUGCUACAGCAGGAAAAAUGCCUACUAUGAUAGAAAUUCUCUCUUUUGUUUCCUGUGGUAUUCGAGCUAAAAUAAUAAUACUAAGUUAAUAAAAGGCACUUUAUGUUUUCCAAAACUAGGUUCUACCAGGGACAGUGUUAAGAUCUUGCACUUCAAAAAAGCACUAUUUCCAGUGGGCCGCUCGCUGGCCGCGCUGUUGGGGUGUGGCUACGUGCUCGUGUCCAGCCACACUGGGUCUCACUGUCGCCGUAUCAGUCUGGAGGCUCCUCCCUAGUCACUCAUGGGUCAGCAGGGGUCCUCAGCCCUUGGACAGGGCCUCGCCUAACAUCCUGGGCACAGGAGAUGGGCACGUCUUGGAAGGGCACGGCGACGGUUGGGUAUCAGGCAUUUUUGCUCUGUUCUUCUUCUUGUCAACCAGCCAUUGGUGUGUGUUCUGUGUCACUGUCUGUCCUGCAAGCUCGGAUCUCCUCGCUGCCACCCUUGAGGCAGACAGGACAGACAAAAGCAAUAAGUAAUCGUGCACGUCCUGAGCGGUGUUGGUUUUCUUGUCCAAGUGUCACGACUGGCAUUGUCCUGCUUGCUCGUAACCCAGUGGCAUGGUGGCAUUGGCCAUUCCUCGGUAACACUAGUUCACACCAGUGUUGGCUUGUCUGUCAGUAAAGAUAACGUUAUCAGUCGGCCUGUCAGUAGUAGAAGGGGACAACGUGGUUCUCUUACUAUAAUGUUGGUAGACGGUGUCCCCAGUACCGUAAUGUCGUCCUCUCUGUCCCUUGAGCAGUGUGAUAGGCACAUGUCUUCCUGAUGGAACAAUGACAUGAUGUUGGCCACCUGUUCUUAGUAUCAUCUGUGGCUGGACUGUCCAGUUGUUCAGUGGCAUGAUCCACCAGUCAACAUGUGAACAAGCGAACAAGCCAGAUUUCUACCUGCCCUCGCUUCCGCGGCAGGAGGUUGGAGCACCUGUCACAGGUGUGAUGCCAUGGGGAUCAUCCCACCAUCCUUAAACAUGUGUGUUCUCUGUAUAUCGACAGUUCACACCACUCCUCAGCAUCUCCAGGGACCCAAGAGGGUGCAGUUGUGCUAUCUGCUAAGAAAACAUGAACUUGGCUCUGCCUCCACGUCUUCAGAGCUCUUUCAAAGCAAAUGCAGAGGGACUGGGGCAGGAAGAGCUCAAGGUCACCCGGCACUGGUGCGCGCGGCAGAGGCAGGAAGCCGUAGAGCUUCCAAAGCCCUUUGCUGAGCGCCGUCCGGACUCGGGGCCCGUCGAGGAACAGCCGUGGGACACGUCUCCGCCAACCAUCUUCCAUGUGUCGCCUUUGUUUCCCUCACCACGGACGUCCGCUCAUCAGCACAAAUGUGAAAAUUCAGGGAAAAACCAAACAAAUGCUUUUUGAUAAAAGUAAAUCGUUGUGAUUUCCGAUUCAGAUAUUUUUAGAGCUGAUGCUACCUGUAAAAAUUCCUAGGACUACCAUAGUCUAUUUUACAUAUCAGGAAUGUAAACGUGUCUCCACAUAGCCAUAUAGAGCGGGAAGGAAGUUACCGUCCCUUCUUCAAACCAAGGCAUUUCACUUGUUGGUUAAGCCGAUGACAAAUGAAUAGAUAAGAAAUGAUCUUUUUUAAAUUAUUAUUAUUAAGAACCAAGUGGUGCAACAUUCUCCUGUGACCAAAGGCCCUCUCUGCCUAUGUCAUGUAGGACCUGGCUGUCCCUUCCUCAUGUGUUCUAUCUGCCCUUAAAGUAGCAUUUUACAUAGUCACUUUUGAAGGAUGAAUUCAGAAGUAUUAUUAAGAACUACUUUUGGGGGGCUUAAUACCCAAAGUCCUAUAGAGUUCUUAUAGAAACGGGAUCCUUGAAAUUCAGCAUAUACUAUGCUUGGAAAAGAAUUCCGUUUGGUUUGGGGUUUUGUUCCUUUUGUUUUGGGAUUUUUUUUUCUUCGACUUAUAAUAUGUAUUGUGGGAAUAUAGUUAUUACCCCACACAAAUUACAAGACUGUACAUUUUCCUCAGUACCCCACCAGCCAGAACAGGAACACACAGAGAUGUUCACUACGUGUGCACCCGACCUGGGUCCCUACAUGUACAAACACUGGGAAGUCUACCUACAGGUCCCCAUGGCGAAGCUGAACUUGACAAACAAGUCUCAAUUGAGAAGUGGGGAAGCUGGGGGCACGGAGGGAAGCUGCUUGAACUUGAAAAUACAUUUCCACCCUUUCCUGAACCAACCGGAGCAAAAGGACGCGAGGUUACCGAAACGGCGAUGCUAGGGCCUGGAGGCAGUGGGUGCUUGAAAAAUUUAACAAUUCAGUGCAACUGCCAAGAACCCACCUGAACUCAAGUUCCAACUUCCACCAUCAUCAGAAAGGACCAAGGAGCAAAAAGUCAUCGUGUCCCCCUUGUGCCAAGAGAGCCUGAGUGUCAGGAGAGAGGGGACAAGCUGUGGACAUUUCAGUCCAUUUACCUCUCAUCUGUGGGUGUCUGAAAGCAAAGGACCUCGGGUGGCAGACUUCUCGGUGCCUUCUCUAAGACUUCCAUCUUAAGCACACUGUAAGGGGAAAGAGAAAAGAAGAGAGAGCAUUUGUUCCCACGACACCCCUUUCCCUUAAAAGAUUGGGGAUCAAGAAAAAAGAAGAGGAGGAGGAGGAAAAAAAAUCAUGCAGAGGCCUCAUUUCAUCCACUCCGCUUGCCCAACAAUUCCUGGUGAGACUAACGUUUUCCAGCUGAUUCCCAACUUCUCUUCACCCCUACCGUGUCUUGUAACUUGCGGCCUUGUCUCUGCCUCUUCUUCUGAUAAAAUUCAUGUUUCUAAAGAAAAA